UUGGUAUUGCAACGUGAGGGUACAUCCGGGAGGCUCACGUGAAGGCAGUUGUGGAGGAUCGGCAAGCCUAGCACAGUAGACUAGCGAUAUAGGUAACUUGGUGCAGUGGUAAGGAAUAGGGGAGGAAUGGCGUUCAGAUGGUGGGAGAAUAGUGACAGUGGUACAAGUAUAGAGUGGUUGGUUGCAUGGGUUGUCGUCUGAGGUUGAUUAUGGGUUUGGCUUGGCGAGGCAGUAGCGAGGGAGGAUGCAUAAAGAGGCUGCACAGUAAUGCAGCUACCCCACGUUCAUCUACAAGGUUGCACCUGCCUCUGAAACCAAAUUUCUACAUCAACAGCAGAAUGAAGCGGAUAGUCGGCCAAUCUCGCGCUAACCAUGUCGCUCUUCGGUGGAGGGGAUGAUAGUGGCCCGCCGUCGCCCAGCCAAGCAAGCGACUUUUCCAUCAGCACCAUCGGCGAGGAUCAAUCACGCACGGCGCAUUCGGAAGGCUCGCCCGACACAAACGCUGGUCACGACGACUACAACGACCACGACGAUCAUGAAGAGCAGGCCGACGGGGGUGCCGGUGGGGGCAUUGAAGAGAUGGAAGAUGGGAUAGCCAGCAGGAGUCCAUCAGCAAUGUCAGAUACUAGCGACGUCGAAGUUCGGCCCAAUCGCUUCCGAGGGUCAGACCGCGCAUGGCUACACCACACACAGCCCGACCGUUCCCUGGCCCACUCGCUCGACCAGCUAGCAGCAGACGACCUGAGCUUGCACCUCUACAGCGCUCAUCAUUUGAAAGCUCGCUUGCGUCAGCGUGUUCCCUCCUCGUCCACAUCCUUCAGACCAUGGAGCAGGAAAAGUCGCUGGCUUUCCACCAAUCAAGACGUCGAGAAAGCGUGGUAUCCUGAACCUGACUGGACUGCAUGGCCACUUCCUCCUGAUAAUGCUCCUGCCGGCAAUGAAGUCUUUGGCCGACCGAACGAUGGACUGGAUGCCUACACUCUACGCACUGCUAACCAAGCGACCCCGGCUGACAAUAUGCGAGAGCAGUUGCAUGCUGUUCUCCUAGCUCGCGCGCACCUUGCUUGGAAGGAAGAAACUCAUCAACCAGUGGCACCACGCAAUGUCACGCCUAAGCUUCCCGUUAUCCCUACUCGACUUUCUCCCGCAAGCCGUGGUCGCACUCGAUCCUUAUCAAUAGGCGCAAGUUCAGCCCCUUCGUCGCCCUCAGUAGGUGAUGACCUGCCUCCAAUGUCAUCGUUGGACCAGUCGAUCAUCCUGCAAGAAGCCCAAGGCCAAGUCGACUCUCCUCGCAAUGGAUCCAUCAAGGACGAGGAUGAAGAAGAGAAGGAAGAUGAACACCUCGCUCGCCCCGUCUUUUCGGCCGACGACGAUAGCUCUCGUGCUCUCCUGGAUCCAACUGUCAAUCACAUCAUGUCCAAACUAGACAAGCUAUUACUAGCCUUGCACCAAAGCAGACAGGCACAUCUGCACCGCGCGAGAGAUGGAGACACCUCGGAUUCUUCUGCAAGAUCAAACUCGACAUCACGCUCAACAUCGAACAAGCCAGCCAAGAAGCCGUCCAAGAAGGCAUCUCAGCCCAAGACCACAGCUACUGCUCGAACUAGGCACAGUCGUCGAAACACAGGCCCUGCCUCCCGUCAGUCCAGUCCGCAAGAUCUCGUCGUAUACGAUGAUUCAGGCGAAGACGAGACAUAUGAACCAGAAAAGCCUAAAAGACGUUCUCCUUCUGUCAGCGCAGAGCCCGAAGCUCAUGAUACAUCUCCGGAGGCCAAGAAGCGACGCAAUGCUCCUAGGCCAGGCUUGAGAGAUUGGAGCGAGGUCUUGGGUAUUGCUAGUCUGAGUGGAUGGGAUCCGUUAGUCGUUGAGAGAGCUCGUCAACGAUGCAGCAAACUGUUUGGAGAAGACAUGCACCUCUACACCAUGGCUGAACAUGGCGACUCUUCUGCUGAUGAAGCCGAGCAUGUGGGUCAAGUACUGACCUCACGCUCGAAUCAAUCAGCAAGCUGGCGAUGUCCUCUCACCAACUGUUUCCGCAACAUGCAGCCUCUUGAGCACGGAUUCCGCUGGCGUGAACACAUGCGCAAAUCACACAAAUACGACAACGACCAGAUUGCCAAUCUUGAGGAGCAGUUGACUCGAUCUGGAGAUAUCGUUCCUUUUAGACGCCAUCGCGUACUGGCUCACAAUCCCAGAGGUUGGCAGCCACCAAAUCCACUCAAGUGUCCGCACUGUCCAAGUUCUAUAUCCUCUUUUGCCAAGGUCAGUCGUUUGGUCGAUCAUAUCAGGCGCCGUCACAAGUACGAUCCACGCAUAGAAGACCCGCCUGAACAGCGAGCGAACCGACAGAAAGAUGUCACCUCCGAUGAAUCGAGCAGCUCCGCCGAGGACAGUGAUGAUUACAUGGUGGGCGGUGUCCACAAUGAUGGGUUCUUACAACCUGUUUUCAGGCAUGCUGGUACUCGUGGAAGAGACCUUGAACAACGAGCAAAGAGAGCCAACGCCCGCCGCUCAAAGGCCGAGCUUAAAAAUCUGAAGAAGCGAAAGCAUCUGCAAGGUGGGGAUUAAAAGGAAAGACAGGAAGGUGAGUAGACAUUAGCCCUUUGACAAAGAACAAAUAGAAUCAGAACAUUGUCGGCAUUUCACAUAUCUUCGAGCUCAUCAGGAAGUGUAUCCCAUCGUCACUCUCACAUUUGGAAUCCAUCUGCCUUCGAGAACAGGAUGAUGAAUCGGGCUCUUCUUUCCACGAUCGCUCUUCACGCAACCGUGAGAUUGUAUGAUGAUGUUCUGAACCAGUGCUUCGUCCAAACAAAGUAAUCUACGUAACGUCUUUCCACGGACGGCAGGUGAGUUCUCUUCAGUCGUCGACGACAUCAUCGCCAACACCGUGUUCUUCCACAUACAAAAGCUCUCUUCAUCUUCACUGAACAACGUGCCUUCGACAACACACGAUUCGG